UCCAAACCCACUUCGUCAAGUAAACAACCCCGGCUAAAAGUGAAAGCGGCAGCCGCGUAGCAGUUGGUCGCCACCGCCACGUUGGGAGGUUGGACUCCUCCCGCCCCCGCCCCGUGCUGCUCUUCCCCUUCCCUUACCUCGCCGGAGACCCCGCCGCCGCAGCAGGAGGAGGCGGCCAUGGCGGGGAGGUACGACCGCAACCCGUUCGAUGAGGACGACGUCAACCCCUUUGCGGGAGGAAGUGUACCUCCUGCUUCCAAUUCUCGGAUGCCACCUCUUCCUCAUGAACCAGCGGGCUUCUACAAUGAUCGUGGUGCCACAGUAGACAUACCUCUUGAUUCAACUAAGGACAUGAAUAAAAAGGAGAAAGAACUGCAGGCAAAGGAGGCUGAGCUAAACAAACGGGAAAGGGAACUGAAAAGAAAGGAGGAAGCUGCAGCCAGAGCUGGUAUUGUCAUUGAAGAUAAGAACUGGCCACCCUUUAUGCCCAUUAUUCAUCAUGACAUUUCGAAUGAGAUACCAGUUCACCUACAAAGGAUGCAGUACCUGGCAUUUUCUUCACUGCUGGGAUUGACAGCCUGUCUUUUUUGGAACAUCAUUGCAACCACAGCAGCAUGGAUUAAAGGAGAAGGUGUGAUGAUCUGGUUGCUAGCCAUCAUUUACUUCAUCUCUGGUGUCCCUGGGGCCUAUGUGCUAUGGUAUCGUCCACUUUAUAAUGCGAUGAGGACUGAAAGUGCUUUGAAGUUUGGGUGGUUUUUCUUGUUUUACUUGCUCCAUAUACUAUUUUGUGUCUGGUCUGCUGUGGCUCCUCCAUUUCCUUUCAAAGGAAAAUCUUUGGCUGGAAUUUUGCCGGCAAUUGAUGUCAUAGGCAGGAGUGCUAUUGUGGGGAUAUUUUACUUCAUUGGAUUUGGAUUGUUCUGCCUUGAAUCACUGCUCAGCAUUGCUGUCAUUCAGCAAGUAUACAUGUACUUCCGUGGAAGUGGAAAAGAAGCAGAGAUGAAACGCGAGGCGGCCCGUGGUGCACUGCGAAAUGCCUUUUGAUAGAGCUGCCUUGCUGAGUGGAAGAGAAACAGGGUGUGGCAGUUGGUACCGCUGUCUUGUACAUCGCUAUACAUAUGCAGUGCGUCUCUGAGAUUACUUAUAGCUUAUAGCCUUCUUGCCUUCCAUGUAAUAUAUACCGCAUACAUUACCAGAGCUUUAUCUCUUACCUAGGUUCAGAUGUAGCUUUAUCUCUUACCUAGGUUCAGAUGUGCUUAUAGGUAACUAUUAAGUUUCUAGGGGAAUACGUUUGCCUGCCUGAUAUGUACUCUUAACUACUUGCGUGACCAUCAUUGUUCAUUUUAUCUUGAUGAGUGAUUCUUUGUCCCACUGGAAAA